UCAUUGCACAAUAUGCUGAAGUCACAUCCUCUUUUGCAUUUGCUCUUACUGGAGGACGGACUAUAUUUUACUCAACUUCCAUAGCGAGUGGAUUAAAACAUAGAGUAUACGUCUGGCUGAACUCAGAAGUUAUAGACUCAGGACGCCCUGCUUCUGUUUUGCUGUUGAUCACAGAGCAUGUAACUCCAACCUACGUGAAAAGAAAUAUUCUAUAUUUGGCCACCUAAACCACCUCUAUUUCAAACCAAGAUGCUGGCAGAAAGUGUUCUCACUGGGCUUGCCUACAGAUACGAACACUACAAACCCCACCAAAGCCAAGUAUUAAAAGUGGUUGGAGGAGAAUCCUGGCAAGAUCAGUUGACAGACACAGACAAAUGUCAAGACUUCCAUACAGAAUCCAAGAAACACGCUGCUGAGAAGAGGACAUGGGACAUGGGACCAGAUCAAGAAAUUUACCAGCAGAAUUCUGUACCAAAGGCACCCAUGAAAAAAUGCAAUGAAAACUCUCUCACACAACCACUGCCUAUUGUGAGAAGAGAGCAAUACUGUGAAGAACUGGAUCUGUACAGAUCUUGGUCAAGCCAAAGCCUUUAUCAGAACUAUCCCGAUCUCCAUAUUGGAGGCGAUCACAUAGCUGACCAUACGUGUGAUUUGGAUUGCAUCAUGGACCAGACUUAUGACGAUCUACCUGCUGGCCCUGUUUUCUUGUCAAGAGAUAUCCGGCUAGGGCAUUCCCCUACCACUGAGCCCCUGCAGAACUCCAAGGACCCCAAAAUCUGGCAUGACGAGGCCGGUGAGAGAAGCAUAAUGUUUCACAAACAGCCCAUUUCAAACUCUCUGAUCAACAGCUACAUGGAAACCAAGGUCCAGGAACUGUAUAAGCAAUUUUUGGAAGAGAAACUGACUCAGUGUGGUUCUAUCACUCAACUCCUGACCUCAAAUUUGCUGAUGAAUAACACAGCCGAAAGCAGCCAUACGCUGCCCCAGGAAUGUUGCACCGACAGAUUGAAAGCCACGCAAACGCUCUUACAAUCCCUAGCUUUUUUUGGUUUGCAAAACACGAGCAGUGGAAACAGCAGUGAAUUUAGCACUCCAAAUUUACAAAUCUCAGCCCCGCUUGGCAAACAGAAACCUUCCGGAGUGCAGCAUGCAUCAUGAUGGAAAUAAAUAGGUUCCUUAAAAAGACCUUUUGAUUUAAACAAAAGUUUAAGCUUUUAAACUUAAACUUAAAUUAAUGAUUAAUCUAUCAUUAAUUAAUGAUAGAUGCAGCCGCCUUUAAUAUGCUGUUCAGUUCUUGGAGGAUAGACUAGCAUGGACUGUCUUGCAUCUGGCUGUGAAUUUUCGACUGGCCAAGCAAGAUUACUUUGUAAUGCUCAUACCAAAGUUAGACACUACUAGUAUUUUUCAAGCAGUUAUCUCUGCAUAGCUUAUCAAUUGUUGAUUAUAAGUUGCUACAAAACUGCAAUAAUAUUAAGCAUCUGAGCUCUUUCAUGUACUGUUGUUCAAUUGAAAUGUCUAAGUAAUUGGAGUGAAUAAGCACAAGGAUUUGAAUCAGGCUUCUAAUACUCAUUGUUUGGGUUUUCGUGCUGUCUCUUAUUCUCAUUUUUAUUAUUACUUUAGCAAAAUGCAUGGUGAUUUCCCAGAUUUAAGAAGACAGGACCUGCAUCAAGGUACACACUGUCUAAAAUUCAACACUGGGAUGGCAACAAAGGGAAGAAGAUGAAGUUAAGGGUAAAGACAACAAAUAUGUUCAUUUCAGUUAGGAUUUCAGUGGGGAAUAUACCGCAAAGGAGUGGUUAAAGCGUAGGGAAACUCAUUCACAUAAACCCGUGUCUGGUGUGAAUGACUGCAGAACUAAGUCCCAUCGUCUGGAUGAAGAUGAAAAACUUCAUGUUGACUCCGCUGAUUUGCUGUUCCAAAUACUUUUGCGAAUGUGAUCUGUUACAUCAGAAAAUGGGGUUUUGCCAAACACUCAUGGCUCCUUUCUGGAUUGUUUCUCCAUAGCAGGCAUGGGAACGUGGCUUUGGGAAAAUCCUUCUGUCUCAGCUUAUCACCCUUUGAACUUGCAUGAUUUUUGGUUGGAAGAGCUCGUCUGCAAUUAGAAUUUGGUCUUCUGGGAACUAAGCAAGCGAUCUAAGAUAAGCCAUGCUUGUGUUGUAGGAAGAGCAGGACAAGCUAAGAUACUCCAGUAUUUAACUGUGUGGAAAAUCCAGGGCAAAUCACAGCACAACACUAAUUUCUGUCUUCUUUGGAAACCUAUAUAUUAACAGUGAUUUGACCAAAUGAACGUUCGCUCCAUUCCAAGCCAAUCCUGCUAUUAACUGAAUCUAAGUGCUGGAAAGUCGCAUGGACUCGGUAGUGAAUUUGUAUGGUCGUGCUCUGCCAUAAAGCUGUAACAGUUGCAAAAAGCACAAUGCUGCUUACAUCCCUUGUAAAUCCAUUGUUCUUAACUCCAUAUAUUAACAAAAAUCCUGUAAAAGCAACAGAGUCCAAAUGCAGUACAAAGCAUGAAAUUCAAUGUACGUUUUAAAAGCAAAUUAAAAACCAUUUGAAGAAUCAAUCACAUAAUAAACCAAUGCACUAGGGCCGGAGCU